AUGGCUGAUGUAAGAGGAAGUUGUGGUACAUGCAAUGAAAUGUGUGGUUGUCCUUCUCCAUGCCCCGGUGGAAUCUCGUGCAGGUGCGCAUCGUCGGAUGCAAGCAUGGAGCACAAGAGAUGCUCAUGUGGAGAGCACUGUGGGUGCAAUCCUUGCACAUGUCCAAAGAGUGAAGCCGCUACUGGAAAGGCCAACUGCAAGUGCGGUCCUGGCUGCGCCUGUCCCACCUGUGCCGCUUAAACUUAAUUACUAAUUACUCCCUAGCUAUUACGUACCUGCAUGCAUCAUAUACGUCUAUAUGUAUAUAUAUGUUUACCUUUCCUAAAUUAAUUAUUAGGACUAUAUCCUCUCUCUUAUCCAUUUUAAAUAAAUCAGUAUCGUUUUUUUUUUAUCAUGUUCAUGUAUGUAGAUAUGAAGUUCCAUCGAUUGCCAAUUUAUUAUGAAUGAAUAUGCAAUAAGUAAUAAGCCAUUCAUGGCAAAA